GAAAAGAAAAAGAAAAACGCAGAAGAAGCAAUAGGCAAAGGAAAAGUUGUGAAUUUUUUGCUGCUGCUGCUCUGCCUCAGCUUCUUCAUCCAGCAGCUCCCCAUUGCCCCACACACCCAUCGGCCCAUCGACAUUUCCUUUGCCUUCGCCAUCGCCAUCGUUCAUCUUCGUCUUGGUCGUCUUCAUCUUUUUCCCACGACCACGACGAAACGUGAGUGAGAAACAAAAAAAACAGCGAUUAACCUGGAAGCAUCAUCAUUCUGAGUUCUUGGAAUCGAAGAAUCCCAAUCUCUGGAGCUGAAGCCAUGGAAUCAACACUAAGUGGAGUCACAUCGAUUCCGCUCUUCCUCGAACUUAAGAACGAUGUGGAUAGUUUGAUGACGCUCAAUGACAACUCGCUGUCGCAACAAAUCGAAUUUAUUCUUCAGGAUCCGAUGCCUGACCGCACACCACCAGCGACUCCGAAGCUGAACCUCGAUUCAAAUGGCUACUUGGUGAGUACAUCUCGCGGACUCUCCGAUGACUCGGAUUUAGGGGGAGGCUGUAGCAAUGAGUACCAAAUGAUGGACUCGUCGGCAGUGAUAAAGGUCGAGCGGAUGGACGACGACGACAACGAUGUGGGUCGCGAGGAGGAGAUCACCACCCUCAACUCGUCGUCCGGACUGAAUCACAAUUCGGAGGAGGGAGGAUCAGUGUCGCUGAUGGACGCAGCCGCCAUUUCGGAGGACGAAGACGACGAGGAUGGCAUCUCGCCAUCGUCGUCCUCCGUGUCCAGUUCCUCGAUCCCCAUCAAAAUUGAGGGGACGCAGACGUAUUAUUUGAGCCGCAGUAGCGGCAGUGGCGGCAGUGGCAAUUCGACCAUCACUUCCGCUUCCACCUACAACAAUCACCACCACCGUCGGAUGUCAUCGAUAGAACAACAAGCGCCCACCAUGAGCGGCGGUGGCGGCGGCAGUGUCAGCAGCCAGUGCAGUAGCACCAGCACCAACAGCAGUACUGUCAUUGCUGGCGGUCCCACCAGCUCCUCGCAUGCUCCCCCACCGCCUCCCACACCACCGCAGGAGUACCAAUGCUUCGAGUGUGUGGAGAAGUUCGACAACAAGGAGCUCUUCGAAAUCCACAAGACUGGACAUGCCAAUAAUAUGAAGUGCGCCAUCUGCAACAUGGUGCUGAAGAGCCUGAAGAACUACGAGAAACACUGCUUGCGCUGCAAGCCGUAUGAGUGCCAAAUUUGCGGACGUGUGGUACGUUUUCGGCCGAAUUUCAUCAAACACAUGCGCGUCCAUACUGGACAGCAAUCGGAGCGACAUAAGUACAAGUGCGACGUUUGCUUGAAGGAGUUCAUGAGCUUUGAGUACUUCAAAGUGCACAAGAAGAUCCACAACGAUAAUGUUAACUUGACCUGUGAGAUUUGCGGGAAGGUAUUUAGCGCACUGGCAUCGUUGAGAGGUCAUUCCAAGCUUCAUUCGGGAGUUAAACUGCACAAAUGCGAUGUCUGCGGCAAAGGCUUCGGUCAACGAUAUAAUCUAAAAAUCCAUGCUCGCACUCACACCGGUGACUUCCCAUUCGAGUGUAAGAUCUGCAAGAAGAAACUCCAUACGCAGUCCAGUCUACAAACUCACAUGCAGACCCAUCAAAAAGAUCAAACAAGCCAAGUAACAACCACGAUCAAAUACGAGCCAUUGGUCGCCGUCAAACUCGAACCACUCGAAUCUCAACAGGAGCAACAGCAGCAAGAGCUGCACCGCCACCAACAGUUACUGCAUCAACACGAGAUGCUCAUUCAGCCGAAACACGAACAAGAACUCGAUGAAGUUUCAAUGUACUCGCACAACCACAACAAUAAUAUUACAACAGCCAACGCAACAACAAGCACCACCACCACCGAGGAAUCCUCGAACGAAUCUCAUCAUGAUAACAUGACACUUGUGAUAAAGAACGAUGUACAAAACGGGCCUCCCACUCAGGUUACAUACGCACAACAACAGCCGCACCAUCUGCGGCACCAACAAAGCCACCAGUUCCAACGGGUCUCAGCAAUAAUUAAGUCCACCGCUGCAUCCAUGUCGUCGCAGUCGCCAAAGUCCUUGGUCAUCUCUCCAUCGCCAUCGCCAUCAUCUUCAUCGUCGUCGUCCUCGUCGUCACAGUCCGCCUCAUCGCCGGGCUCCCACGAAUCUGCUUCGGUUUCGGCAACAGCCUCCACUUCCGGUGGCGUUGUCGCUGCUCACGCUCACACAUCGCUAUCAUCAGUGUCAUCAACGUCAUUGAGACACACAAACGAGAACUCACCGUCCCUGGCCACUACGGCCCUACUAAUCAAAAGCGAACCAAAUCUUUACUCCUCAGGUGAUAACUCCGUUGAUAUGUUCAUCAAAAAAGAAAUAUUCGACGAGUGCUCAGCACCGUCACAGAACUCUCCACCGACCUCGAAAUACCAUACGAAUUUCGAUGGCGACGACCUGGUCGACGCACACGAUCUAACGCAUUCGUUACCUUACUCGAAUCUCUUCGAACCGAACUCGAUUCCAGACAGCAUUCCAGAUGACCUCUACCCGGACGACCCAGACGACUUUCGACUGGACCACAGCUCCUUGGGCCUGCAAUCGUCCACCACCGAUGGGGAUUUCAUCAAAAAGGAGUGGGUGUAUGGCUCCGGGACGGGUUACACGAUCAAUGGCAAGUUCGACGAUGACAGCGACGCUCUCUGUGAUCCUGCCAAUUUUAUUUACAAUUAACAAAAGUAAAAUAAUACUUGUCAUCGUCGUGUCGUUGUCAUCGUUGUCGUCAUUGUUGUCGUUCUUGUUGUCAUCUUUACUAUCACCCAUUGUGACGUUCGACUUCGCGGUGCGGUCGUUGUCGUCGUAUCGUCACAUUUUGUUGUCGAUUUUUAAGCGCAAAAAUGCAUGCAUAAUCUCUAUCUUUCCACCAAAACUAAACGUACUGUGACAUGAGGAGUUCUUUUUUCGCAGCAGCAGGCCAGCAUCGAUCAAUAACUCUUCCAUUGUGUACCUACCUACCUAUUGCUUCUUCCGUUGCAUUGAAGAGAAGUUACAAAAUCUCAAGGCAAACAUUUUAAAUAAGUGCGCGUUUUGUCCACCCUAAGGAACUUAACCAAGAAUAUAUGCUGCGUUUUGACUUGCUUCCUACCCAAAACCAAACCAACCCAACCCACAAUUUUGACUUGCCCACUUUUUGAGAGUUUUGGUUACAAACAAAUGAAACAAAAAAUUAACAUCACAAAAUUAUUGUAUAUUAUAAAAAUACGAGUACCUUUUUUAAGCAUUUUCUUUUUGUUUUUGUUUUUAAUUUUAUUUUUCUUGUUCAAUAAUUUUUGAUUGUUUUAUUUUAUUCAAAUUCAUAUUCUGACACAAAAUAACGUGCAAUUAGCUCGAAGUAGAUUUUUACUUUUUUGUUAAAUAUUUUACAUAUUUUCUAAUAUAGUUUUUAAUUUUAGUAGAAAAAUAAAAAAAAAAAGAAAAAUUAUUUUUUAAAAAAAUGUGAUUCUUUCACACAAAUAAGGUGUAAAAGUAGAUCGAUAAAAGUUUAACUUUAAUUUAUCUUUAAAUUAAAACAAAAAUAUGUAUAAUGUGAAAUUUUUGUAGGUUAUCUCGAAUUAUUAUUAUUUUCUUAUUCAUCUUCUUUUUUUAUUUUGUUUUAAAAUUAAAAUUAGUGUAAGUGAAGUUGUUGACAAAUUAAAAAAAAAUGUUAUUUGUUAAAAACAUUGAUAUAUCCUCCACAGGCAGAGUCUUCAAAAGAUGCAAAAAAGGCAACUUAUUAAAGUUUUUUUUUUAUUGUUUAUUGAAAAAUAAAAAUAAAACUAAUUUCUUGAUUUGUAGAAAAUUCGAAUUUAAGUGAAUCCAUGUGUACCUGUGUAAAUUUGAGCAAUAGAUUAAUAAUUUAACAAAA